UGCUGGGACCACUGAACUCAGAAACACAGCAAGAGAUCAUAUUUGAAAUAUGGCUCAAAGUGACUUCCUCUACCCAGAGAACCCAAAAAGGCGGCAAGAAGUAAAUCGUCUUCACCAGGAGCUCCUUGACUGCUUAUCUGACAGCUUCCAUGCCACCAAUAAGCUGAUUGGGGUUUUAAAUACGCACUUAGGGUGCAGGCUGGCCUCCAUUGAAAUGAAAAGAGAUGCGACCAUCAAAGAAAACUGUGAUAUCAUCAUCCAAGCCAUGAUGAAAAUCCAAAAAGAAUUGCAAAAGGUUGAUGAAGCACUGAAAGAUAAACUAGAGCCAACCCUCUAUAGAAAACUUCAGGAUAUUAAGGAAAAAGAGACCGAGAAAAUUGCAAUAGUACAAAAGGUUAUUUCAGUCAUCCUGGGAGAAGCUACUUCUGCUGCCAGUGCAGUGGCUGUUAAACUCGUGGGCUCAAACAUCACAACUGGCAUAAUUAACAAGUUGGUCACUGUGUUAGCUCAAAUUGGUGCUUCUCUCCUUGGCAGCAUAGGAGUUGCUGUUCUUGGCCUUGGCAUAGAUAUGAUCUUCCGUGCCAUUCUGGGAGCAGUGGAGAAAACACAGCUUCAAGAAGCCAUCAAAAGUUAUGAGAAGCAUCUGGUGGAAUUCAAGUCAGCUUCAGAAAAAUAUCAUCAUGCCAUUAUUGAGGUCACCAACACAGUGAAACACCAAAUGAAAUAA